UAUUCCUUCCAUUAUCGCAGUCACACACACCCCGCAACAACUGCCGUUGACAACAUCGACUGAUCCUCGACCGACGAUAUAACAACAUCACCAUAUCACCUCCUUUGACAUCGAUUACGUUCCCGUUUCCGUAGACCUAUACUCGAACCUACCGCGACCGACAUAACGAUGAGCGCAAACGACGAGAAACGAAAGCUGGAAGCGCAGUACUUCCCCCCUCCUCCUCCCGGCCCUCCUCCCGGCCAAGCUCCCUCUUCCUCUAUUGCAACUCAACAAGCUCCCCCUCAGAGCCAACAACCUCGCCAUCCCGACGAGAUUCCCAUUCCCGACUACAACUCAUCGCAUCCCCAAUAUGCGCCUCCCCCGAAUUCCAACAAGGAAGACAUCUACGGCGUUACCCCGACCGACGAACACCCGCCUCCGUUCCCUCCUAGACCUACCUCGUCUGGCAAGGCUGGAGACGAAAAGGUCAAGCUCUCCUGGGGUCAGAAGCUCGCAGGAUGGGGAACCAAGGCCGCCGCUCCCAUCAACGCCCUAGCCAACAAGAUGGGCUCCGAGGCUUUCUUGCCAGGCCCAAUGGAUAAGGAGGUCGAGAAGGCCGCCCGUAUCUUGAGGAGCUUCUGCAAGGACGGAAUCUACAGCGACGCAGCUCCCACCACCGCCCCUCCUCAAACCACCUUCCCCGUCGCCAACAAAGUCGAGCCUACCGCCGCCGAAACCGCCUCCAAGCCCCCCGUCGAAACAAAACCCGUUGACGCAGCCACCGCCAAGAAAAAGUCGCGUGUUCUCCUCACCAUUCCUUCCAAGGUCAUCGCCAAGGCCCAGGGCUUGGCUAUCUUCACCACCGUCCGCGCCGGCUUCCAAGUCACGGGCGCCAGCGGCUCCGGCGUCCUGAUCGCUCGCCUCCCCGACGGCAGCUGGUCCCCUCCGUCCGGCAUCCACGUCCACAGCAUCGGCGCCGGCUUCGUCGUCGGUCUCGACAUCUACGACUGCGUGGUCGUCAUCAACUCCAAGGAGGCCCUCGAGGCUUUCACCCGCACCCGUCUCAGCCUGGGUAGCGACCUGGCUGUUACCGCAGGGCCAUGGGGCGCCGGUGGUGCUUUGGAUUGGGGCGUGCCACAGGGGCAGAAGACGGAUAAGGGCAAGGGUAAGGAUGGUAAGCCUUCGUCGAGGCCAACAACGGCCGAUGGCAAGCCCAUCCUUUCCUCGGAUAACACCCAGUUCACCAACCCGCCUGUUGAUCCCGACUUCGACCCGGACCACCCAGAGGAGGCCGGCAAGCAAGCCAACAAGAACCGCAAGCCCAGCCCCUUCGUCGAGGCCGUCAAGAAGCCCGUCUACAGCUACGUCAAGUCACGCGGCUUUUACGCCGGCGUGCAAGUGGACGGUACUGUCAUCACCGAGCGCAAGGACGCCAACGCCGUAUUCUACGGUAGACAAGUCACCGUUCAGCAGAUCCUCAAGGGCGAGGUGGCCGCUCCUCCCGUAGUCAACGGUCUUCUUGAGGUUCUGAAGGGUGCUGAGGGGUGGAGGGGUCAGCAGGGCCAGCAGGGCCAGCAGGGCCAGCAGGGCCAGCAGGGCCAGCAGCAGCAGACGGUACACAUGCCCCAGGGACACAUCCCGCAGCAUCACGUCCAGCCUACUCCUGCUCAGCAGCCUCAGCAGCCGUACCCAGGCCAGGGACAGCAGCCCUACCAACCUCAGCUUCUGUCUGAGCCGUCUCCCGAGGGCUAUUGCGCUCCUGGCAAGCCUCCCGGUGGCCCAGCCGGUGGUCCCGCUCCAGCGCCCGCAGGAACAGGAGGCUACCUCUACAACCCCCAGCUCCUCUCUGAGCAGCCACCUCAGGGCCAAGGAUACGGCGGCGGUGCCCGCGGCCACUUCUCCCCACUGAACCAGCACCCAACUGACGCUUACCACGCCCCUCCUCCUCCUGCCUCUGCAUACACCGAAAGCGGCCCGGCUGAAGUUAGUGGCGUAACCUCCGGUGUUCGCGGUCUCGACAUCAACUCGGCUGGCCCAUCAACAGGAACUGCCGGUGUGGUGCCGCCCGCUCCCGGGCCACAGGCGUCGGAUGCUGCACGCGCAAAGGCCGCCGAAGCUGCUGCUGAGGCGGCCCAUGCUCAUGGUUCCGAACCGCCCCCGCCUUCGUAUGAGGAGUUCGGGUCGUCUUCGUCAACAGCUCCAGCCGUGCCUGGGUACCCUGGGCAUCCGGCGCAUCCUCCCCAGACUGAUGGCGUGACGGACGAGUUGCCGCCUGCGUAUGCCGAGGAUGGUGUGUACAGGCCUGAUGUGGGUGAUCAUAAGCGCCAGCAGUAGAGGCAUGACUUCUUGUCGGCGUGGACUACGGAUGCAGUACGAUGAGCCUUUUCUUCCGGGCUGCUUUGGCCAUUUUGGACGUUCCUUCUUGCGUUUCAUAUGAGUUUACCCCUUACUCUUGAGUUAGUUCCUACGGGAUGGAGCAAUUGAGCAUUCCCUAUCUUUAGCUUGUAGUUUCCAUGAUCUUUUUGCACUUAAUGGAAGUUUCGAUACCCUCUACCCUCGUACUAGUCCAAGUUCCCGUGUUCCCGUCUGUUGUGCC